AUGGGGGAAUCUUAUAAGGUAGCUGUCAUCGGCGCUGGCCCUGCAGGGCUACUUACGGCCAGGGAGUUUCAAAGAGAAGGUCAUCACAAAGUUGGUGGUACCUGCCUCUAUGAUCCACGGGUGGAGACCGACCCAUUGGGCGUUGACCCGAAUCGGGAAAUAGUUCAUUCUAGCCUUUACAAAUCGCUUCGAGUCAAUAUUCCUAGGCACGUUAUGCACUAUCCAUUUGUGAAGAAAGACGGUGCGGAUCUGAGGCCUUUUCCGAUUCAUGAAGAGGUGCUCAGAUUUCUUGAGGAUUUUGCUCGGGAAUUUGGGUUGAUGGAGUUGAUUCGUUUCGGGCAUUAA